AUGCGUAUCAAGUAUGACAGGACUUGUCAACGAUCAAUUAAACGUAAUUAGCAUAGAAAAACUUUUGCGCUCCAUAAGUCUGCACAGAAAAAACAUUUCUUCCUGGGAUUUUUUUUAGAAGAAAGCUCUUGAUUAGCUCUAUUUAAUCAUUUAAAAAUUGCAAAUUUCGAAAAAUUAUGAUUUUUUACCCUGGAUGAUACCUUAAGUUCAUUCAUUCAACGUUUCCACUGAAUUGUGUUGCGUUGUAACUCCACGACUUUAGGCCAUAGGAGGUCAAUUUUACGGUUUCCCUGAGACUAUACGAGGAGUAUGACAGCUUACUCAGGUCACACAAAAAUAUAAGAAAGAGAUCCCGGGUAACAUCAAAAUACAUCAACCACAGAAGAUCACGCUACAUGGAACAUCUCACAUCCUAAGAAAGGUACUCUCCAUCAAAUAGACUUCUACCUCAUUCUAACCCUAGGCCCAAGGAAUGGGCUCGGCUACUAUGUUGUAUUAUGGUAUUACAUAAGAGAAGAUAGGAAUAAUGAUAAUAAUUAUACCUUUGAUGUUCUUUUAAAACGCUAUUCUACGUUACUACAUAGGAACAAAAAGUCUUUGUCCGAGUUAUAUUUCAGCUGACUCUGGAACUUUUGUCAGCCUGUGAGUCCAGAACAACCCUAGAAAAUUCGACAGCCUUGGCCCUACUUAACCCCUUAAGCUCUAAGAAUGAUCAGCAUCAAAUUUUGUGUAGGUAAUAGCAUGAUUAGUAGUGGUAUUUAACAGUUAAUGAAUGAGGCUGAGUAUCUUAUGAAGAAUUAUGGAGAUCAAGGAGGGUGUUAUUCGUCGAGGCCGUAGGCCGAGGCGGAUAACACCCUCCGAGAUCUCCAUAAUUCUUCAUAUGAUACGAAAGCCGAAUUCAAUAACUGUUUUAUUAUUCAUUCAAAAUAAUUCCUAGUUCAAAAACAUAGCUAAAACAUGGUUACCUCAAACGAUCCAUCGAUGUUCAGUUCAUCUCUGAUAGUGUACGUUUAGGUUUGUCCAGCUCCGCAGAAAUUCUCCAAAUAGCAGAUGUCGCCCUUCGAGUUGUCUUCUUGCUGUUCUUGCCACGUUUUUAGCUAUUUUUUCGCCUAGUUCUUACUCUUGAAACGAGUGAAAUGUCCGCCGUUUUUUCAAGUUCACAACCAAAACAACUCAACCUCGUGCCCAGGUCUUCUUGGUUAACGGUGCCUUAACCUGCGAAAACGGUGCAUUUUUGACGUCAUUUCCUCGUUAAGGUCAAAAUUCUUCCAAAUUUGGUCAUCAGUAACUGGUUAUGGUGAAUUAAACGUGUGCUUUUAGCCAAUCAGAAUCAGGGAAAAAUUUUGAAUGGAUAAUAAUUGGCAUUAAUACCACGAGUGAUACUUCGAAAUUGUUAUACGUAAUUUCACGAGCCGUUAGGCGAGUGAAAUUUGAGACAAUUUUGAAAUAUCAUGAGUGGUAUUUAUGCCAAAUAUCACAUACAAAUCAUGCUAUUAUUUGUUUAUACCACUACCUGCAAAAGGUUUGUAAUUUUCACAUGUAGGUAUUUCAAAUUAAGCUGAAAUACCACUACUCUAAGCCAAUCAAAUUGCAGUAAUUUUUCAUCUAGUAGUAUAAUCCUUGUAAUAUCAUUGCUUUGUAAAACAGAGUGGUCAUGAGAAUUACGGAAAUGAUCACACAAGAUGAAUUUGCUUGAUAUUUUAUCAACUUCUCCCCACUACUUCUAUAGGAAAUGAAUAGGGGCAACAAAUCAGGAUUCAGAUUUUUAUUUUAGGGUUUAAAGGGUUAAGGUAGCCAAUUUAGACCAUCAUCAUCUGUUGUAUUCAAUUUUUUGACCCCAAUUCGGAGCUAAAACAAAGUGUAGCUGAUGCACUGGUUGUAAUGGCGGCAUCUUACGUAACAACGCCGUGCGCGCAUUCUCUUGUUUUUCGCAUAGGCUGUCAAGACUACGUCUAAAGAAAAAUAGAUAUCAAGCUUCACAAUUGUACUCUGACCUGUGAAAGUCACUAUUGGCCAUUUUGUCUGGUUUUUAGCUCUGGGCGAAGGCAGCUUAUCGUGGUAUAUACAGCUACAGAUAGCUAAAGAUAUGAAAAUGGCAACACAGCAGGUGGACGUUGAGGUAAGACAGGACAUGAAAGAAUAGUUUUGAUUUAUUGUUUUGCGCAUGUGCGUGAGUAGCAUAAGGAAUUGGUGGUUGAGUCGGGAGCCAGAGUUGUUCUUGUUGUCCAUGUGUAGCGUUUGCGAUAAAACAGACUGUAUGCAAAGCGUUGUUAGGAAGGGCCGAAAUAUGUUUACCGUCAAGUGUUAGACUCUAUAAAAUUAAAAACAUUUGGUCCAUACGAUUUAUGUUAAAUGUUAUGUGUUACUGGACCCAAGCCCCAAACCCCCCAUCUUGGGUCUUUUAAAAAGAAAAGCUCUAUUCCAGACUCCAGCGCCCUCAAUCGUCAUUGGCCGCGCAGGCAUUGUCCCUAAUCAUAUGCAUGCAACCGACAAGAUCUCUAGAGUUGCCAAUGGAACAGGUUACGCGGGAGUCAUGCAGCACCUCUCCUAACCCUAAAAGGCAAUUGGUUUGCUACCCUAACCGUAAAACAAUGAAAAAAUGAUAAACAAUGUUGUGAUUUUGUUUUCUGCAACCAAUUAGCAUACACCUUACGAGCAGCUGCAACAGUGCUGAUAUGGUGAGCAUGCUAAAAAAUGCCCGUUUUCAAAUAAAAGUGGAGACGUAUGAACGGUUCCCUAAGCGCCCAUUUUUCGGGGAGGAAAGGUGAAUUGAAAUAUUUUAUGGUUAUUGCCUUUUUUUUCUUUUCUUAUUUAGAUGACGCCGUCCCCUGAUCAACCGUCUUCUGAGAACAAUGAUAAGAAAAGAGCCCUUGGUUUGUUGUACCUUAUUGACGAGAAUCCACCCUGGUACAUUUGUUUAUUUCUGGGUUUUCAGGUAAAAGUGAAAACUAUGCUCUAAAGAAUUCGAAAGAUUAGAUGUGUGUUCGUCAGAUCAUUACGAUUGCCUGGCUUUUAGAGGGUAAAGAUAAAAUGGCUUUCUUUUCCAUCGCUGGUCCCGUUCUCCAUUUGGUGCAAGCCCCUACUUUCUAAAAACCUGUAGAGCUUACUAUAGCAUGAUUUAAGUUAUUACAGAGUGAGCUAAACUUGGCAUUGAUGCUUUUAGUUGUCUUUAGUACUUGGAAUAUUUUCAUUUAGAACAUGCGCAACAGUUACUAAUGCGCGGCAGCUACUCUGCCGUUGCCGACACGUUAUGUAAACUGAUCAUAACUUACGAUGAGACCAAUUUGGCAUACAUGUAAGCAUGACGGUCAGAGACCAAUAGUAAAACAUGUAUGCUAUGCUAGUUAGGGAUUAAAUUAACCCUUCCCUAAAUUAAAAUGUUAGCAGCAAAAAGUUUUAUCUUUAUUAGUUUGCGUGCUUUUUAUGUGAAAAUUUGUCCUCAUCAUUUGACAUAGUUAUUAUUAUUAUCAUUACUAUUAUUAUGCCUUCUUCUUCUUUCAGCAUUACCUGACAAUGAUAGGCGGAACAUUAACCAUUCCCUUCGUUCUUAGUGUCCCAAUGUGUUUUUCAAAUAACACACUAGCCAUCAGCGAAGUGUUCAACACCUUAACCUUUGUAUCAGGAAUUGUUACGUUGGUGCAGUCGACAUUUGGCGUAAGGUAUGUUUUAAAUAAGAUAUGAAAGUUAGUGGUCUUUUUUUCUCAUAAUUUCAUUUGAUAUUUGCUAGGAGCUUUUCUAGCGGACCCUCGCCAUACUAACAUUGAAAAUAAUCAACUACUGAACGGUUAGAAUUAUCUUAUUCAGAAUUUUCAUACUGGAUAAUCAAGCAAAACUUCUUCAUUGCAGAGCCGAGGGAGGGGGGGUACGAUUUACGAGCAGUCUAAGCGGCGUCCUAUAGACCUUAUGAACUUGGGCACUACAUUAUGUGGGACUAUAUGAGACUGCACUGCACUCAAAACAUUGCAUUGCUCCAUGGAACACAUCACAUUGAUUUUUUUUCCCACCUAAAUGCGCAUAGAUGGCAGCGAGAAAAGGGAUUGAGAUAAAAAUCCAAACGGUAGCGACGAGGUUUUUAAUUACUUAAGAAUCAUCCGUUUUCGAACAAAAGUUUAGACCGACGUCCUUUAAUUUUUUUUAUUUUACUUAAUUCUUUCAGACUUCCUAUUGUUCAAGGAGGGUCAUUUACCUUUUUUGCCCCGACAUUCGCUAUAAUGUCUCUACCACAGUGGCAAUGCUCAAAACAACCGCAAGGUCAGUUAUUUAUUCAGUCAAAUAGUUAUUUUUUUAUUGAUUUUUUUUAUUCACUGUGAGUGAUGAAAAUUCCUGGUAGCCACCUGAGACAGAGUCGAACUUUAAUUUAGCGGUCACCCUAGAGGAAAGAGCAAGUGGUUGCUUAACAAAACGCUCUGUUUGCCGUGAUUUACUGAAAAUGUUGUCCGUCGUGACUCCGCGUGGCCACCAAAUAGUGGGUGGUCGCUUAACAGAGAAUCGACAACAUUUUAGAAAGAUGACUGUACAAAAGAAGAUGGAAACCUUAAAAGACGCAACAAAGGAUAAAGGAAGGGUUAUAGUCCGGGAGAUACAAUUGACUCAAAAUAACAAAGUCCACUCGUUCUUGGUUUCGCACUCGUAGACAAAUCUAAAGGUCGCUAAUGUUGCAUUUAUUAUGCAUAGUUCUAUUCGUGCGUUUGGUGACUCGUGUCCAACAUUUUCUUUUAAUAUACACUGUUAAGAUGCUGGUAACUUGACCGAUGGUUUCCCUAGCAACAAUGACGACAUUUGGAAAAGUCGUAUGAGAGAGGUAAGAUCUAACCAACUGUGAAAUUAAACUGGAUUGAGAUUGCCUUAACUCGUGCGAUUUCGUUUAUUCAGUUUUGGGAUUUCUUUUUCUUAUUUGCCUUAACGGACCAAGGCGAAGUCGGGAUGCAAAAAUUGCCAGCUCAUCUUGGUGUCAUUUUGAUUUAUUAAGUUCAUUAAACUGUAUCAUUCUAGGGGAAAAUUUACUCUUCUCUCAGUUAACACAAUUAAGACUAUUGGUGUAAUCUGGCAGAUACGAUAUAGACGUCCAUGUUAUUGCUAUUCUUCUUAUAUCCUCACCGAACUAACGGCAACUGACUUGUGUUUUCUAUUUCCUUCUUCUUAAGAUCCAGGGCGCCUUAAUGGUAUCUGCAUUGUUUGAAAUAUUUAUUGGUUUUACUGGCCUCAUUGGCUUCCUUCUACGCUUUAUUGGACCUAUAUCAAUAGCACCGACAAUCACGUUGAUAGGUGUGGCUCUCUUCAAUGUGGCAGCAGACCAAGCAGGUAAAAAAAAAAUCAAAGUGAAUGACGGGCAAAAAUUUUCAUUUUCAUUUGAAAUCAGUACAAGAGAACAUAUCAAUACUUGGCAGAGGCAAAAACAUUACAUUAGGCCAUCCUCCAAAAUUUUAAGAGAGAAUACAGUUUUUGGCAGGUUUUAUUUCCAAUUCGUGCAAAUGUUAGCGGUUUUAAAAUGCAGAGAAGAUCAUCACAGUUAAAUCACGAACCUUAUGCAGUUGCGGAAUUCCGGCAAGACUGAAUUUUUCCAGGCUUUCUUUUCGCAACUGCAUAAGUUGCGUCUUUAACUGUGAUGAUCUUCUCUGUAUUUAUUUCUUCAUCUCGCAGUUCAAAUAUAUGAAAUUCAUAUAUUCAUCAUUUCGGAUACCCACGCUAGAGUGAAAUAGCAACCUCGUCCCCAGGGUCUUCUCGCUUUCCAAUAUGGCGGCGGCAGGAGAAGACCCUGGCACACAGCGAACUAAAACAAUCGCUGAUUGGUGCAUUGUGUUGCGCGUUCAUACGUACGCUCUCAUUGGUUUAUUCAUUACAAAACAAAGAUGGUUAUCCUUUGAGGGCUUCGUAGAGGCUGAGAAGUGCCUUCUUCAGUGUUUGAGACCGAAAUGGUGGACAGAAUUCAGGUCUGAUUGUUCGGAAAACUGUGACUGUACCGUCGGAAGGCAAGAUUCGAAGAUAGUGAUAUCUAAAAUGGUAAUCGCUGGGAAUAUUAUAAGGCGUAGAGGUAUUGCUCGUGCUAUUUGGUUUGUGUGUUCGAUUCUAAAUUACUAAAGAUUUGUUCCUUUGAUUCCCGAUAUGGGAAAGAAUACUUGCAAGGCUUCAGCUUAUCAAUAAAUUUAGCUGUCCGUUUGCAAAGGUUUAGUAUUGUUCUGCCUUUUGUUUUCUUUGAACAAUAGCUGUAUGGAUAAUAUUAUUAAUGUAUAGGGUUAUACGGAAAUCUUGCAUAAUCUGUGCUUUGUCUCAGCAGUUUUUUGUCGAGUGAAACAUUUUUUUUCAUUUGAUCGUAACAUGCAUGGGCCUAACCUGGCCUUCUUUUAAUGUUUUCCACGGUGAUUUUGAAGGGGGAUGAGGAGUGAGAGAUGCAGAUGUCGAAACAAAACUAAAAAUUGAAGCCAAACAUAGUGUCGAUAUCCUUUGAUAUUUUUAAUCCUGACUUUUCAUUUAUUCAGUUUUCAGUGUCACAAUGAUGAUAAUUUAUUAUUAUUUGCUCAUUUCAUUGGCAGUAAAAUACAGCUAAAUACAGAGACAUUGGGAAAAUAAACUGUUUCCUUUUCUCAGAAAUGAAAAACUUUCAUAUUAAUGUUUGAAGCUUGUGGGAUUUCUUUCUAGUUGCAAAAAUAAAAUAAUGAAAGCACAUCAUGUAAUUUCAUUUUAUCAAGUUGAAAACAGUGAUCAGCCCAUGCAAGGAAAUCUGACAGUCUUGGAUUCUCAAUUCUACACCAUGGAUACUGCAUUCUGGAUUCUUUGUCAGUGGAACUUGGAUUCCGGAUUCCAAUUAUAAGUGGGAUCUAGAGUACUUGACCUUUAUUCCAGAUUCCAAGAGAAAAAUUUCCCAGAUUCCGGAUUCCCUUACAUAGGGUGACAGUGAUCCUAAGAUAAAUACGUUUUCUGUCAAACCAAAACCUGUUAAUUGAGCUUCUAAUUACUGUAGGCUAAGUGUACAUGUUGUUCUUGUCACUAUAUGCUUGAAAAGGGGGUUUGUGGACCAGGUGAAAUAGUGGCUGGCAUUAUAGUAUUCCAAAACCAGCUGGGUAUGAUUAUGAAGCAGCUAUAAUUCAGUUCUAAAACUUGGAUUUAAAAAAAUAAACUGCUUCAAAGGGUGCAUAUAUCACUAUCCACUGAAUAAACAAGAGCGGAAGGGGCCUGCAGCGUCUUGAUCAUGGGAUUUUUCAUGUAGGGAUGCAAGGCUUUUGAAGUGUUGUGCGCCAGAGUCCCCAGUAGCAUAGUGAGCUUUUAGUUGCCUAGUCACGGCCAAUGAGUUUCACGUCACGUGGUCCCAAGUGAAACAGUGAAACAGUUUCCCUCCAGUUUGCCUAAGAUACAUCACCGAAAUGAAUUGACCAAGAAGGCCUGGGAAAAUGCCACACAGGGACAAGGCAAGGCUUUUAGCUUGUUUAGGUGUUGGGCUGUGAGGUGGCAGCUGUUAGAUGUGCUGGCUUAAAUACUUCCAAAGUCUCCUUUAAGGUGUUGGUUAGUCUUAGUCAUAGUGUCUGUAUCAUAGUCAUAUCAUCAGAAAUAAUCAGAUUAACCCAACUAUUAAACUGAUAAUCGAUCAUAGUAGAUUAUAGAUUUGUGACCCCUUUAUGCCACUUUCAACACUGAAAAUAAUUUUGUAAGUGAACAAAACAAAAAACCUACCCUGCAAGCCGAUGCUUAUCUGUCACAUAGUUUUAAAAACCAACUAAACAUCAUAUAAACUACAUUAAGAGCCCAGCAAAAAGACAACACAGGUGUAUUAAUGUCCUUAUUUGUCAACAAUGUUUUUGUGAAUUUUCCACAACAAUCAAUUGAACAUUUGUAUAAGCAAUACUCACUUUGCUUUAGGUUUCUGAUCAAUGAUAGAUUAUGAGCGAUAAUCAGCACACCACUACCAAGUCAUGUCUCAAUUAGAGUACGAAAUGGCCCAUCGGACGAGCAAAGUAUGUUUGACUUAAAGGAUCUAUUAUCUCCAAAUCAGAUAGGAACUUUUACAGUGCACAUGACUCGGAUAGGGCAAUCAAAUUUUUGAACAACUGGAGUCUAGCCUUUAGUCAAUUUCCACAUUGCAAUGGCAAAGUGCAGCCCCAAGUAAUAUGUAAAAUAAACCAAAGUCAUGAGGGAUUAAGAAAGUUUUUGCUCUAAAAAUCAAAUCUACUUCAAAGUGGAAAAUACAUUUUCGAUUGCCAUAUUACAAACAAUGGAAACACUCUUCACCUUUUGCUAGCUAUUGAAGCGGGGUUCAUGCUUUUUUUUUACAUCUGAGAGGCAAAAAAAACAAUAAUAACAGCAUCUUAAUUCCUCUAUUAAGGCUCCCUCUCUCAAAUAAGCCCUCCUUUUCAGUGGAUGAAAGUUUUAACAAUAAGUCCCCCUCUCUUUUAACCCCCAUUCCACCUCACCCCCUCUUUCUUAUUCUUCACUAAUAAAUAAAAGACUAUCAAUCAAUGACAACUGUAAAACUUUGUAAGGACCGAUCCAGGAUGGUUUAUUCACCAGCUGGAAGUUUGGAUUUGUUUUUGAUCCUCAGCUGCUUGACCUCCAACCUUCUUGUACUUGGGCUUUUUCACUUGGCAUUUUUUUUUGUGGGGAACUAAUGACAGCGUCUUUGCUAGAUUAAAUAAAUAUUGCCCGGAAGCAUUGUGAACAGGGUUAGAUAUCAAAAGCCAAUAAAAAAGUCUAGAAACUGUAAAGUAGAUGAAGGAUGACAAUAAUUUUAUUACCUGUACCAGAUCAAGCGACCAAAUAUCCAAACUGAACAAGGAACUGUUUAAUUUUCAACCAAAGUUUCCUCAAAUUAUAUUAACAAAAUAGUGUUCUCUGGUUCUUGUUUUCCGAAAAAAAAAUUGUUUUUUGCAUAUCAGAGUUCAGUUAAAAUGUGUACAGAUAGAAAAACAAUAGUCAAAAACCUCACGAAGAUCUGUAACAAAACUGACAUAACUUAUCGUAGUAUUCGGUAAAGUGUCUGCGACUCAAUUUAAUGCCUUGUUGAAUUUCGGAGCGGAAGAGGUUUUAGGGCGUCAUGACAAAAAAUUUCCUGGCUUCAGAGGUGUGUUCUCGAAAUUCCUAAGAUGCAAUAAAUUGCCCUCACGGUUAGAAAAAGCUCCCCCUUUCACGAAAGAAGAAAACUGAACCUCUGGCACUCAGGGUAGGCAAAAAAAAGAAAACAGUGAAAAAAGACCGCUAUCGAGAAAUUAUUAAAGUUGUAGACAGUUGUUAAGUGCCAUGUACGCUAGAACGUUCAGGCUUAAAAUAAAUGAAGGUCAUUGAACAGAAAAUAAGGUCGCUAUAUCAUUCUACCGUAUUCCUGUGGCUUUUAAGUGCAUUCUUUCAUAUUUUUAGCUUCUCUUGCGUUUGCCUUUGCCGCCAUUUUGUUUGUUUUUCUUCAGUCUCAAGACCUCGUACCCAGAUCCUCUCAGUCUUUAUCUUGGCCGCCAUUUUGAAUAAAUUUCCACUCUCCGUGGACAAAUCAGUCACGUGAUUUCUGCUGUGUGCCAGGGUCUUCUCUCCUGCCGCCGCCAUAUUGGAAAGCGAGAAGACCCUGGGGACGAGGUUGAGUGAAAUAGGAAAAGGCACCGCUGGCGCGCACGCGCAGUUAGAAACUAUUCAAGACUCCAUAAACACAUGAGUUCCAUCUGUGAUAGAUAUAUAUAAAAAGUCCGAUUCAAGGCUACCUUAUCGAUUUUAUUUAUGACUGCACUAUAUUCGAAACUUUUUAUUUUUCAGGCAAACACUGGGGGAUCUCAAUUAUGUAAGUGAUAAAAUAAAGUGACUUUUUAUCUUAUGGUUACACUGGGAAGAAUACACUAGAAGUCGCUAUCGGCCUGAAGAUGCUGUUACUCUGUUUUCACCCCUAGCUCUGAAUAAAAUCAACUGGGGCUAUUAAUACCUGUCUAUUUGACUGUUUUUGCCAAUCUCAUGAAUAUGAAGAGAUACACCUAGAGAGAAAAGACAGUUUAAGUAAACAAGCGCCAAAGACCGCUGGUUUGCAGUCGACGUCUUCCUCGUUCCCAAGUGGGCUUUUCCCAACCUCGUGUCCAGGGUUCUCUCCUACUACCCGUCCCUUGAGAACGAGGUUAGGCUUUUCCAUCACGUUGCAGCUGACGUCACAGCGGCCAUGUUAGUUGAUCUACCAAAAAAGCGAGUUUUCCUCCGUUUUUUUCAUGCAAAUUCUGCGGGAAAAUGUACUUAUUUAUCCACAAACAUGCCGCCUUGCCCACGUUGUUCCCAGCCAAGAAUAGCAGCUUUUAGUUAAUAAUCUAGAAUGUUAGACAUGUAUAUUGUCUAUUCUUCUUUGGAUCAUCAGAAAUGGCGUCAUACUGUUCAAAACAGAAAUGGAAACUCGAACAUGCGUUCCAUAUCAUGACCAGGAGCAAUGAUCGCGUGCUCCUCCCUGCCAUGGUCAAAAAGAGGACUGUAGUCAAUGAAAAAUUGUUUUCAAUUGAGUGUUUUGCCAUCUCUAUAAAUGACAAACUUCAAAUUCAAUUUGAUCAGGGAAUCAAACGUAGCAGCUUUAUUUGUCAAUUCCAAAAAGUGCUACCUUGUUAAAUCAAAUAAAUAAAUAUAUUUAUUUGUUCAUUUUCAUAUAUAUUAUUUAUUUAUUUAUAUAUUUUGGAAAGCUCCUUAAAAUGAGCAACCCAUCCAUGUUUCUCUCUUUUGUUUUUCUCUUUUUCAGGACCAUAGUGUUAAUAGCUCUGUUUUCCCAAUAUUUAACAAAUGUCAAGAUUCCUGUACCAGGAUACAGUAAAGAUCGAGGAGGAUUCUAUGUUGGCGGUUACCCACUAUUCAGUCUUUUUCCUGUGAGUAUUGUUGGUAGGGCCGGAACUGCUUAACUAAAUUAACUAAUAAGCAGAGGAAUUAUAGUGAAAACCCACUACUGAGCACCUGGUUUUUGAGAAUCUGUUAGGCUGAAAUUUGCCAGUUAGGCCCUCUCUAUACAAGAACCCAUUCAGCCUAAAAUUUAAAUCAGGUUCUUAAUUUCUAAAAUCUAUAUUAAAAAAUUCUGUAUACUUUGGCAAUUGAGAUAAGCAAACUUUCAGAGGGCUCUUUGGACAUUACUUCAACUGCAAUUGUAAUGAUAUACAGGUUUUAUCUAAGCAAUGAGUAGCUGGCGUAGCUGGCGGUAUUGUGUACUAGUCGAGUGAGAUUUGGCGGGGGAGCCGUUGUAAUGUAGUCGAGUGAGAUUUGACGGCGGAGCCGUCACGAGCGGUGAAGCCGCCUCGUCCCUACUCCCUUUUUUUGGAACACGGCUCCGCCGCCAAAACUUUAAUCUCGCACCCACACAAUACCGCCAGCUACGCAGGCUAAGGAAUGAGCUGAAUACCACCAAAUACUCUUAGCUACAAUGUCUUCUUUUUCUUCAGAAAAUAAGAACCAAUUUAAGAACCUAAACAGGCUACAUUUGUGCCAAAACCAUUUAUAUGAAUGGAUGUCGACCAAGUUCAUUUUUGCAUUUUUAUAUAUGUGAACUGAGACAAAGAUUUUCUUGGGAAAGCAACGCAGGAAAUUCCGAGUGGGCAAGAUGGGCUUGGGCAGCCAAUGGGAACGCGCUAUUCCUUUCAUCUUGCCCCCUCAAUGAUUCAGCCAGAUAAUAAAGCGUAGUGGUGGGUUACCUGUGCGCAUUAUAUGAUGGGGUUAUGUUGUACAUUAGACAGACUACUUGUAUUGUACGUUUUUUUGCUAGUGUGGUUGUACCAUUUUUUUCCGGUAACUAGUUUGUUACUGGUUUGUCGAUCUUCUAGGUUAUUUUGGCGAUCAUAGUUUCGUGGAUAAUUUGUGCCAUCGUCACCGCUGCGGGAGGAUUUCCUUCAGAUCCCAGCGCUCCUCAGUACCUGGCCAGGACUGAUGCCAGAAUUUCUGUGCUUAAAGAGGCUGAGUGGAUUAGAUUACCAUAUCCAGGUAGAGAAAAAGGUUUAUUAAAUUUUCACAUAAGAGGGCCCUAAAGGAGUCAAAUUUAACUGGACUUUGUCUACCUUUUAGGCCGUAAAAUGAGAAUGGAAUGAGAACUGGGAAUACGGGCAAGGCGGGUGGGGGGAGGCGUAUGUAUGCCUCUGGUCUGAAUAUCAAUGUAAACACCGUUGUUGACAUGAAAUCGGUCUACUUAUUCUAUAGGCCUAUUCGAGUGCAAGUCUCUUUCAGGCGAAUAAAUUUCACAUGAAUGAUAAUUUUUUAUAACCUAGGCAUUAAAAGAGAAACAGAAAUACAUAUGGUUUUAUACUGAGCUAGCCUUAAGAUCACAGGAAGAAACUCCUGUGGUGCCAGUAUAUGGUGUUCUAAAAGUCCAGUAUUCUAACACCAGGGAAUACAACGCCCGCCGCCGAUUUGAAAAUAGAGAGGAUCCUGGCGAGGAGUUCUUUAAUUUCCAAGCCGUUUUUGUCUUUGUUUUAUUUAAGCGAAAGUUUGACUUGCGAACUCGGUCGGCAAUCAUCAGUUUCUUCUAAUCGUUAUUUGAUCAUCCAGAUACUUCAGUGCUCCGCCAACUUAAAAAGCACAUUUCCCAGCUAUAACAACAAGCAGAAUCAAGUGAACUCGUCUAAAGGACAUCCUUUUCUUUUCACUGUACAGGUCAAUGGGGGACUCCCACGGUUAGCGCUGCUGGUGUUUUCGGGAUGCUUGCAGGGGUAUUGGCCUCAAUUGUUGAAUCCGUCGGGGAUUACUACGCCUGCGCGAGAUUAUCAGGCGCCCCACCCCCUCCAAGGCAUGCGAUCAACCGUGGGAUUGGACUAGAAGGCAUUGGAUGUGUUUUGGCUGGAUCUUUUGGAGCUUUGGGUACAACCUCUUACAGUCAAAAUGUCGGUGCGAUCGGUAUCACUAAGGUAACGAAGGAACGACAAGGACUGUAUUUCCUCAAAUAGAAACUCUGAAAGCAGAUUGAGAUCAUCUGCGUUCGUAAGCUAAGGUGGAGAUAGAGAUACUGUAUCUGACUUAUCAGGGAAAAAGAACUGUUCUACGUAACGAUGCAAAUUUGGUCAAUAGCAUUCGGAGAAAGAAACUUCCUUGUUGUAUUCUUUCUCUUAACAAAGUUUAAGGGGAUACUACCUUGACAAAAAAGUUGGGCCGGGUGCUGCUUAUUCGGAGGAAUGCGCUAAACGUUGUCCUUUCAUUUCGAGGGUAUAUGACGAAGCAUAGGUGGAGUCAGUUUUUUCGUGGAUAUUUUUCAUACAAUGUAGGAGCAAAGAUGUCUUAGUGGUAAGAGUACUCGUCGAAGCUCGUACUAAAACUUGAUAACAGCUGGAGUCUACCUAUGGAAGCUUAUAUGAAUAAGUCCUGUGAGCGUGAGGAUAUGAAGAUUUUUGCUGACUUUCUACUAAAGAUUUACUGAUUUUUGCUAAGGAUACCACUGAAUUGGGAUUGUGUAAAUGACAGAAUUCUGCUACAAAUGUAUGAGCCCUACUUUUUUUUUAUCAGACCCUGGCGUCUAAUGCUACAUAUAUUCCCUAUACAUUCUCUUGUCAUCCUUUAAUUAUAUUGUUUAUAUACAUAUUUAUUGCAUACUGACUGAGUACAAUCUUAAUAAGAGAUCGUUUUAUCAGUGCAGCCUGUCCUUCAGGCAGGCUAAAAAUAACGUGCAUUAAGCCCUCUCCAGAGGUGCCUCGACCGCUAAGGAGAAGACAAAAUAGAAAGAUUAAGAACCUCGUCUAACGUAAAAUUCAAAACAAAAGUCUUCCCUUCACUCAUUCUUUAAUAACAUUUUCCCUCGUUACUGACGUACAGGAAGCGCAUGGAACAUUCCACAUUUACCUUUUCUCGGGCUUCGCACUAGACAGCAUGUGUCUCUAAUUUUGCCACCCCUUGAAGUGCAGACAAAAUCAACGCAAAUAACCGCUAAUAUCUCGAUACGUUCUUAGGUUGGAAGUCUUCGCGUGAUUCAGUGGAGCGCUCUGGUGCUAAUGGUUGUGGGUGUGGUCGGUAAAUUUGGCGCGCUUUUUGUCACCAUUCCGGAUCCCAUCGUUGGUGGAGUUUUCAUGGUGAUGUUUGGAAUCAUAGCCGCAGUAGGAAUCUCUAAUCUACAGUUUGCUGACAUGAAUUCACCGAGGAACUUGUUCAUUGUUGGAUUUUCCAUUCUGUUUGGAUUAGCCCUCCCUCACUAUAUGAACAGUCAUCCUAACGCAAUCAACACAGGUAAGGUUUGUCGCCGUCUUUCUCGGUAAAUAUUUGGCAUUUCGACAGUUGAGGAUUCUGGGUAACUGAGCACCUACCCGUCCCUUUAGUCAACAUAAACACUUAGUUCUCACUUAAGGCAAAAUUGUGACUUAGUGGAGGGGUAGGUGGUCGGUUACGCAGAAACCUCAAUUGAUCUAAUAUACCUUAUUAUACGAAAUUAACGCGAAUUUAAUGGCAACCGACUUUCAAGUGAAGGAAAUUCGGUAACAUUUCAAAAUGAAGGAAAUUAACGUGACGUUCACAGAAGAACAAAACUUGUUGAGACAACAGGAACAAAGUUAAACGUAUCAGCUGACAUAAAAACUUUGCUUUGCUAUUUUCACUAAACGAACGAACAGCGAAGCGAAGAAAUUUGACCACUGCGAGGAUUCUUCACAGUUUCAAUAAUACUGUUAAUUUCACGAAGUGUUUCAAGAUAUCCUGUAAUAAGGUGCACAGGAUUUUUAUGUAUUAUCGAGGUUUUACCCAAUAAAGGUCCGUGCUGGUAUGCUCCGCUCCAAGGUUCAAAUUCCCAAAUACCUCAUUAUUUACAACUAUAAAGCUCUGGUACUUUCUAUUGGCCAUUUGUGGUUACCCUCGUCACUAGCCAAUGAUGGGUCAGGGUCACGGUGUCGAACUGUAUUAUGGGACUGUUUUUUGACCCAGCUUCUCAAGAAACCUCGAACAAACCCUGAAAAGCCAAUCAACAAAGCAAUAGCAUCCCCACAAAACAGCCUCACAGUAAAAUUUAUCAGACACAACAUUGGCCCAGUAUUGACCUCAGAAUGGCCGGUAAAAGACAAUAUCAGCCCUUUUUUAAGGAGGUCUCUUAUACCUUCAGAAACGGUUUGGUUAAUACCUAAGCAACUUUAUUGUACUUUUCUUUUGAGUCUAAGUUCUUUAAUAAAACAUAAAUGGGGAAGCCUUAGCUGCGCUUUUUUUAAAAUAAACGAGAUAUUUAGAAAUUUCUUUUUGAUAGCCUAUCACUGUUGAAGCUAUUUAACCGUGCUCUCUUAGCCUGCGAGCAAGCUCUCUGGGAGGGGACCCUCAAGAGGCAGGCAACUGGAGAUUUUUUCCUCCCCUGUCCCCAAAGCUCCACAGAGAGCUUGCUUGCAGGCUAGUAAACUCUAAGUGUGUUCAGUAUCUAAUUUCUCCUAAAAAAAAAACAAGGAAAUGACCUACUUAUCAGUAUUACAGGAAAUGUUUCGGGAACGCUAACAGUGUGGAGAAUACACGUAAAGAUGUCUAGGGUUUUUUUUAUAGGGUUGAUUGUCUUACGCUAGCAUCUCCUGUUACCCCUGGCACAUUAAGUCUUGUACCAAAUUUUGAUAUGCCUCACUUAUCUUUUUCGUUUUUCUUUCCAUUUUUUUCUAUGACAAUGUUAUUGCAGGUAAGUAGGAUCAAAAUUCAGCAAGAAAGCACUUACUCACAAACUCUACGGUAUGACCAGUAUCUUACGCAUGCGCACAGCCAUAUCACCCUGACAGUGGCAGUAAACAGUAAACAUUUAGAAAUUCUGCUAAUAGGAAAGUUUUAGUGAAAAUUCGUAUAAGUAACCGCAAACUCAUGAUUGAAACUGGAAGAUAUAAUCAAACUUCCCGCAACGAUAGAUUCUGUCCUAUUUGUAACUCUGGUAUAAUUGAAGACGAAUUUCAUUUUCUCUUCCAUUGUCCAAAAUACUCAAUCCCAAGGGAGAAAUUCUACAAUCAAAUCCAACAAAUUUUGUCGACUUUAAUCAGCUAUCUUGCACAGAAUUAAUAAUUAAAUUGAUGAAUUCACAGAAUUUUCCGUAAAUUCACAUUUGUUGAAAUUUGUCUCAUUGUGUAAUGAUUUACGUAGUAAUUUGUUAUCAAAUCAUGCUGAUGACACUUGAUUGACUAUAGUAAUCAUUGCAUUGCAUUAUCAUUGUUAUGAUUUGUUUGUUUGUUUGUUUGUUUUUUUUUAUGUUAAAGCUUUUGCAAUACUGUAACUACAUAAUUAUAGUCAUGCAAAUAAAGCUUAUGUUGUUGUUGAUCGUGUCCAUGCCUCCAUGGUAUGCCUAAGAUAUUGACCACACCACGGAGUUUAACCACGGAGUUUGGUAGCAUAUGCUUCAUUGCUGAAUCUUGGUCUUACAAUUGAUUGUAUGUGUUGAGGAAUUGUUUUGAUAUUGAAGGUGUUCCAGAAAUCGACCAGAUAAUAACGGUCCUUCUGUCAACAAGCAUGGCGGUGGGAUGUGUAACCGCACUCAUUCUCGACAACACCAUCCCUGGUACCGCUGAGGAACGCGGGCUCAGGGCCUUUAGGGAACAUGUCUCCAACAAAACUGAAGAGCAACUCCAAACAGCUUCUAUUGACGUUUAUAACCUGCCGUUUGGUCUCCAACGACUGAGUGAAUGCAGAAUGGCAAAGUACCUUCCUUUUCUGCCUUAUAAUGAGGAGACCUGCGAGAGUCGUCCUUAG